AUUCGGUCUUGGUCGCACUAAGGAAGGAGAACGGUUGGAUAAGAAAUUUUAAAUAAAGAACUAUUUUAACAAUUAUUUUAGUAUGAACGUCUAUUCCUCCCAUGCGUUUCAACUUUUUUUAUUUCCUUUCGUUACUCCCCGAAUACGCUCUUUCCGCUACGACCAUGUUGAGAGCAGCAGCCAGACCAGUACUCAAGGCCCAGCCAGUCAGAGCGUUCUCUAGCACAGCAGCUGCUAAUGAGACCCUCCGUGAAAUCGAGCAGCGUCUUAAGUCCGUUAAGAACAUCGAAAAGAUCACAAAGUCGAUGAAAAUGAUCGCUUCUACUAAACUCACAAAGGCCCAAAGAGCAAUGAACACCGCUAUCGAGUACGGCAGAACCAACGCCGAACUCUUCAACCAAUCUGAAGUCAAGGCUCCAGAGGACGCUAAGAAAUUGUGGGUCAUGGUUUCCUCAGACUCCGGUCUUUGUGGUGGUAUCCACUCCUCUAUUACCAAGUACACCAAGCGUAGCAUCGCAGAGGAGGGCGCUGAAGAAAACCAAAUCGUCGUCCUUGGUGACAGAGUCCGUAACCAAAUUCAACGUUCUAACGCCCAAGACGUCAAGCUUGCUUUCAACCAAAUCGGUAAGCAAGUCCCAACCUUCAACGACGCCGCAGCCAUCGCCGACACUAUCCUCACUUCUGGAAUUGAAUUCGAUCAAGUCAACAUCGUCUACAACCAAUACACCUCACAAAUCAGCUACGACGCAGGCACCUUGAAGGCAUUCACCGACAAGGCUCUCUCACAAGCUGAAGGCUUCAAGGCUUACGAGCAAGAAGAGGAAGCUACCAAGGACCUCGCUCAAUUCGCUUUCGCCAACGCUAUCUUCGCUUCAUUGGUUGAAGGUCACGCUACUGAAAUCAACGCUCGUAGAAAUGCGAUGGACAAUGCCUCUAAGAAUGCAGGAGAUAUGAUUGACUCCCUUCAAUUGAAGUACAACCGUGGUCGUCAAGCCCAAAUCACCAAUGAACUUAUUGAUAUUAUCACAGGUCGGUAGGUGCUAGCUCCCUCUAGGUUUAGAACAUCUGGAUAUCAAUACUCGAAAAAUUUUCUACUACACCAAAUCGAAAUACAUAAAAUUUCUUUACAAUUUACUGAAUUUCGUCUGCUUAAAGGGGAUGAUUUUGCUCAUGGACUGUGUGUCCGAACUAUCAUCCUAUGGAGAUAUCUGUGC